CUUGCUCUUAUUCAGAAAGCAUUGGAAAGAUGUCUGCAACCAGUGAAUCUAAGUACUCUGCUGAGGUCCUUUCCGAGUUGUUGAGCAAAUUGCAAGUUGCUGACAACAAGGAAGAGGCCGCAGCCAAUGUUUCUUCUUUCUUGAACUCGUCCAUCCUUGAGCACGAUGUUCCUGUUGAAUUCUUUGCUGACUUCACCAAGCAACUCAAGAGCAAGGAUGUUGCCACUGUGUCUAACUCCUUGAUUGCUUACGCUCACAUUGCAUCCAAGAACAACUUGAUUCCUUCUGUCGAGCCAUACAUUGUGGAGUUGGCCCCAGAGGUCGCUUCCAAGACUGGUGACAAGAACAAGGAGGUUGCUGCCCUUGCCGAGUCUGCUUUGCUUGCCAUUGCUGCUGCCAUCACCCCAACCGCCGUCAAGUCUAUCUUGCCAGGCUUGAUGGAGAACUUGUCCUCUACUAACAAGUGGACUGAGAAGGUUGCCAUUUUGAAGGCUGUCUCCCAAUUGGUUGACACUGCCAAGGCUCAAGUCGCUUUGAGAAUGCCUGAGUUGAUUCCAGCCUUGUCUGAGGCUAUGUGGGACACCAAGAAGGAGGUCAAGGAGGCCGCCCACGCCACCAUGACCAAGGCCACCGAGACCAUCGACAACAAGGAUAUCGAGAAGUUUAUCCCUAAGUUGAUCGAGUGUAUUGCCAAGCCAACUGAGGUCCCAGAGACCGUCCACGUCUUGGGUGCUACCACCUUUGUCUCCGAGGUCACCAUGGCUACUUUGUCCAUCAUGGCUCCAUUGUUGUCCAGAGGUUUGUCCGAGCGUGACACUGCCAUCAAGAGAAAGGCUGCUGUCAUUGUUGACAACAUGUGUAAGUUGGUCGACGACCCUCAAGUUGUUGCUCCUUUCUUGUCUACUUUGUUGCCAGCUUUGAAAGCCAACUUCUCCACCAUUGCUGACCCUGAGGCCCGUGGUGUCACUCAACGUGCUUUGAACACCUUGAAGAGAGUUGGUGCCGUUGGUGCAGACGACUCUAUCCCAGAGGUCUCCACUGCUGGUGACACUGACGUCACCUUGGGUGUCUUCAAGGACUUGGUUGCCGACAAGAAGAUUGCUUCUAGAUUCGACAUCGCCUUGACCUACAUUGCUUCUAUUGCCGGUGACUUGAUCGACGAGAGAGACAUCCAGCCAUACUCUUGGACUCAAAACCUUUUGCCUUUCGCUACUAUCUUCUUGCACGAGGCUGAGGCUAAGGACAUCAUUGAGGAAUACAGAAAGAGAGCUGUUGACAACAUUCCAGCUCCUCCUGCUUUCGAGGACGAGGAGGACGAUGGAGAGGACUUGUGUAACUGUGAGUUCUCCUUGGCUUACGGUGCCAAGAUCUUGUUGAACAAGACUCAAUUCAGAUUGAAGAGAAACAGAAGAUACGGUUUGUGUGGUCCUAACGGUGCUGGUAAGUCCACCUUGAUGAGAGCUAUCGCCAACGGUCAAGUUGAGGGUUUCCCAUCUCAAGAUGAAUGUAGAACCGUCUACGUCGAGCACGACAUUGACUCUGCCGACGCUGACCUUCCAGUCGUUGACUUCGUCAUUGCCGACGGUAUGGUUGGUUUGACCAAGGAUGCUGUCGAGGAGAAGUUGAGAGAGUUUGCCUUCUCUGACGAGAUGAUCAACAUGCCUAUUGGUUCUCUUUCCGGUGGUUGGAAGAUGAAGUUGGCCUUGGCCAGAGCUGUCUUGAAGAACGCCGACAUCUUGUUGUUGGAUGAGCCAACUAACCAUUUGGACACUGUCAACGUUGCUUGGUUGGUCAACUACUUGAAGACCUGUGGUAUCACCUCUAUCAUUGUUUCUCACGACUCUGGUUUCUUGGACAAGGUCACUGAGUACAUUAUCCACUACGAGGGCUUCAAGUUGAGAAAGUACAAGGGUAACUUGUCUGAGUUCGUCAAGAAGUGCCCAUCUGCCCAAUCUUACUACGAAUUGGGUGCUUCCGAGGCUGAGUUCAAGUUCCCAGAGCCAGGUUUCUUGGAGGGUGUUAAGACCAAGCAAAAGGCUAUCGUCAAGGUGUCGAACAUGUCUUUCCAAUACCCAGGUACUGCCAAGCCACAAAUUACCGGUAUUAACUUCCAGUGUUCGUUGUCUUCUAGAAUUGCUGUCAUUGGUCCAAACGGUGCCGGUAAGUCUACUUUGAUUAACGUCUUGACUGGUGAGUUGUUGCCAACCACUGGUGAGGUUUACGUCCACGAGAACUGUCGUAUUGCUUACAUCAAGCAGCACGCUUUCGCUCACAUUGACAACCACUUGGACAAGACUCCAUCUGACUACAUUCAGUGGAGAUUCCAGACCGGUGAGGACAGAGAGACCAUGGACAGAGCUAACAGAGUCAUCAACGAAGACGAUGAGAAUGCCAUGAACAAGAUCUUCAAGAUCGAGGGUACUCCAAGAAGAAUUGCCGGUAUUCACUCCAGAAGAAAGUUCAAGAACUCUUACGAGUACGAGUGUUCUUUCACUUUGGGUGAGAACAUUGGCAUGAAGAACGAGAGAUGGGUCCAGAUGAUGUCUGUUGACAACGCUUGGUUGCCAAGAGGUGAGUUGAUCGAGUCUCACGGUAAGAUGGUUGCCGAGGUUGACAUGAAGGAGGCUUUGGCUUCCGGUCAAUUCAGACCAUUGACCAGAAAGGAGAUCGAGGACCACUGUUCUAUGUUGGGCUUGGACCCAGAGUUGGUUUCUCACUCUAGAAUCAGAGGUUUGUCUGGUGGUCAAAAGGUCAAGUUGGUCUUGGCUGCUUGUACUUGGCAAAGACCUCACUUGAUCGUCUUGGAUGAGCCAACUAACUACUUGGACAGAGACUCUUUGGGUGCUUUGUCCAAGGCUUUGAAGUCUUUCGAUGGUGGUAUUGUUAUCAUUACUCACUCCGCUGAGUUCACCAAGGACUUGACUGAGGAAGUCUGGGCUGUUGUUGACGGUAAGAUGACUCCAUCUGGUCACAACUGGGUUCAAGGUCAAGGUUCUGGUCCAAGACUUGAGAAGAAGGAGGGUGAGGAGGAAGACAAAUUCGACGCCAUGGGUAACAAGAUUGCCAGUGCUAAGAAAAAGACUAAGUUGUCUUCUGCUGAGUUGAGAAAGAAGAAGAAGGAGAGAAUGAAGAAGAAGAAGGAGUUGGGUGACGCUUACGUCUCUUCUGACGAAGAAUUCUAAUUACGUAAGUAAUUCUCGUCAUGAGCUUCGUUUGUUUUUCCUAAUCUCAGAAAUCAAUUUCUACUAGGUAUUAAUUUAUUUCAUAUGUUAACAUUAUAGAUGGUCUAUAUAUCGCGCUGUAGCACAAUUGCGAGUAGCAUUCCGCAAGCUGAGAAAAUAUUUCAUACGAAUUUCUUCCGGGAAAUGCACAAACUCAGUUUGUUUCGAAGCCAUUUGUUGGGUGUUAUCGGCGUUGUUUCUUUUUGUGGUCUUGUCACUGCUUCUAUUGUGCCGCCGACAGUGGAUGCUUCAACUCUUUUGAGUCUAAUAAAUGAUACAAAAAGCGUUUAUAGUCAGGCACUCAAUUCUUAUGCUCCGUACU